UUCGAAAAUACGCCGAGAGUAUUCCUGAUGGUGAAACGAGCGUUGCUUUAUCGAAUGCAGCUAAAGAAAACAACAUCUAUGUAGUUGGUGGUACGAUGCCUGAAAUAGAGGGCGAUAAAUUGUACAAUACCUGUACUAUUUGGGGUCCCGAUGGAACUUUGAUAGCAAAACACCGAAAGGUACAUCUAUUCGACAUCGACAUUCCUAAUAAGAUUACUUUUCGAGAGAGUGAUUCACUCAGUCCUGGUAACUCCCUAACGACGUUCGAUGUGAAGGGCUGCAAAAUAGGUAUUGGCAUAUGCUAUGAUAUUAGAUUCGAGGAAAUGGCACGCAUUUAUCGGAACAAAGGUUGCCAAAUGCUGAUAUAUCCAGCGGCAUUCAAUAUGACCACUGGACCACUGCACUGGUCAUUACUUCAGCGUUUCAGAGCGAAUGAUAAUCAAUUAUACGUUGCCUGCAUAUCACCGGCUCGUGUUCCUUAAGCAAGUUACGUCGCAUGGGGACAUACACAGUUGACCAAUCCCUGGGGAAAGAUUCUUUACGAUUUGGAAACUCAAGAGAAUAUGGCAGUCACCGAUAUCGAUCUAAAAGUUGUUGAGGAAGUAAGGGCUCAGAUACCUACAUUUUCUCAGAGACGUACAGAUUUGUACGACACUGUCUGUAAGAAGGAGUAACUCUACACUAAAACAGAAAAUGUUUUUUUAUAAUAUUUCUACUACGAUAUCCUUUUUUUGUGAAUUAUUACUAAUUUCUUAUCAUUUGUACUAAAUGAAUGACUCAA